AUGCCAACAGAAGCAGAAGUUGCAGUGCUCUCGGACGCGCCGGCAGAAAGACUUUUAGCUGUGGAGGCGAAACUAGUGCCGUUUUGCCAGAUAGCGAAGGUCCACGCAAGGCUGAGGGUGUUGGCUUUUCUGUUAUGGAGCAUUGCAUUUUAUUUUUGUUCACUCGGGCUCGGCAUGAGCACCGGACGACUUCUGAAGAAUCAGUCACGAAUCUACUUACAACGCCUGAAGAGUGAGUCUUAGUCUUUUCUAAUGCUCAAAAAGCGGAGCUGGGAGCAGGUUUCGUCGAAGCUGCAGUGCCUGGCUGAGAUUUCCAGCGUAUUGACACGAUCGGCCCAUGUGAAGAAGUUUCUGCGGUUACUGUUGGUGCUUGGGAACUACGUGAACCACAGCUUGGAGAUGAACACAGGAGACAGCAACUGGCUAGCAGAAAAGGAAACGGAGGUAGUUUGGGGAAUCAGCGUUGAGUCACUGCAGAAGCUCUCAGACUACAAGGGCAACAACGAGAAAACCCUCUUACAUGGAAUUGCAGCAUGUGAUGGAGAGCUUUUGCCCAAGAUCAAGAUUGAACUAGACCAUUGGAUGAGCGAGAUAUGGACGAAGAAACUCGGAAAGCCAGUGUUGGUGGACAUUGUUGCGGAUUUGCAAACACUUUUGCGUGAAAUAGAGUUCGUCAAGACCUUCAGUUUCUACGGGAAGAAGCCAACGCCGACCGAGAGCCAAGACAGAUUGAACUUAUUGCUGGAAUCGCGUGAUGCGUGAUAUGUAUUUUUUAGCUAGUUAAAAUAGAAGGAAGCUGCACUGGCAUUCGCCACAGUGUUCUUGAGUAAAAAUCGUUUUCAUACUUCUCUAACAGGAAUCUACUCGAGUCCUCUACUCGAGGAUGCGCGCGAUCAAAUCAAGGACCUAGAAGAAGGCGUGCUGACGAAGCAGAGAGGCUAUCUAUCGAGCGUGGUGGAUUUGUGCGCGCACUUGGGAUGCCAGGGACCGUAUUUCAUGUCUUUUUACUGCUUCUGUGGGGGAGUUGUUAUCUUCAAUUGAUAGAUAAGAUGGUGGCAUUCAUCAUUAUUUAGUCAUGGCAAGAACUUAAUACAACGGUACUUUGGAUUUGCUCUCCCCUCAUUCGUUUCAGUUUCACCUCUCACUUUUACUCCACCACCAAACCAUCAUUCAACUAAGGUACUACGCCACCGCACAAUCGAAGUGCCAAAUGAAGGAGAUUUUUCAAGACAACAAAGUCCUGUCGCAGAGCGGCAAGCUGGUAAACGAAAUGUCGGAGCAAGUGGGCAAUAUUUUCUCCGUUUUUCACGAACUUGCGUUUUUCUUUACGGACAAGCUAGCAGAAGAGGAGAAACAGGCUAAGGCCUUGCAGAAGCAGAACGAAGCCGCAGAAUUUAUGCGAAGUUUGAAAAGAGAAAGCAGCGUGAGGCCUUCUACGAGGAAUUUUUCGAGCUCAUCAAGCGGUCAGAAUCCAGGAGCAUCAAGAGGAGCGUUUGCCCCUGCGUCUCGUGUGUCAUCUAGUGGAGGUGGAGCUGGCGGGAGAGCAUCUACAGGCUCAACAACCGAGGCGUCUAAUAGUAGGAGUAGCAACAACAUUGGUGGGGGUAUAACAGCAGUGACUGGGUCUACUUCCGGUUCUUCAAGUCGUCCUCCAACAGCAACAACAGCAGACCACCAGGGUAAAAAUUCUCUUGCGGGACGUGAGAGUGUUGAUUCCUCAAGCUCUCUGAUGAAGAGUCUUAGGCGGUCUGCAGACAACAAGCAACUUGUAUCUCCGGAAAAGCGAAAUAGUGCUGCCUCUGUGAGGGCUCGCAGCUCAGCGAAGUUUAACCCGGCGAACAGGGUGACUGAUAGGAGAGUGAGGCGCGCCUCCUCAAGUGACUCCGAGGGCAGCAGUGAUCGCGAACGACGGAUGAGUGGGAAGAGGUGAGGCGACUUGUGCCCAUGCGGCCUCUGGGUGCGUGCAUAGAGUAUGAAGAUUUCUCCAUGCUACAUCCAGUCUAACGGAUGAAGAUUUUGACGGUGGAACUGGAAGUCUGAGGAAUGAAGACCCAUAGUAUAUGGAUGAAGAUAUCCAACUCAUCCUCGUAUGUACUGGAAGUCUGAUUCAUAUCCAUCCGAUGGCGGUAUCCACCGUCUAAUCUUUUUCAGAUGCAUGCUCCUAGUCCAACUUCAAAAUCUUCAUAGGGUAUUAGAUUCUUGUGGUGGAACUGGACGUCUUAAUCUUUUCCGUUCAAUAUUGAACACGACCAACAAUUUACCACGAAUUUGUAUUGUUGAAUGACGAGUGCGACCUGAACCUGCUACUAUCCAACCUAAGUCUAACUAACCUCGAAGACAAACUUGUACCUAACCUUUGGUAUGCAUCUGGCUAAUAGCCGUCCUAUGGUAACCUUGUUUUUCGCCGUAAUGAAUACUUAAGAUGAAUCCUGAACUCUAGCUAUGUAUCCCGAUUGCUUGCUCCCAUGUACACUACUGGCAUACGACCGCACCACAUACUUCUUUCUGAUUGGUAUAGGACGCAGUAAUUGCGGGAAAAGACCCGGAAAACGUGUUACAGCAAGACAACUUCUACGCAAAAACGUGCAUUGCUGACUCGACUAGUAGAC